GGGACCCCCCAGGAAGGAAAAGGAAAGGAAAGAAGGCGAUCUUCAUCCCUCGACGGCUCGUGGCAGGCAGGCAGGAGACGAUGGAGGCAGCAGCAGCAGCGAGCGAGACAGUGCUGUCCACUGACUACCUUGAUGACUUCCUGACCGAGUUUGACCAAGUGGUUCAGGACUUUGACAAGGGAGCGCCUUCCCAGUAUGAGCAACACCUGGAGGAGCUGAAGAAAAGAACCCUCCCUAGCAUGUACGACAGCGGCAUCGACGAUUCAGAAAGCAACAGCCCAACUCCGGGCAGCAGCCUGAACACCAGUGAGGAAGACCUCAAUACAUCGACGGCUCUGACUGCAUCCGACUCCAAAGCCAAACUUGGAGACACUCACGAGUUGGAGGAAUUCAUUGCCGACUUGGACAGAGUACUAGAAGAGAUGUGAGUUGCUACGCUCCUGUCUUCCCAAGACCAGUGUCCUGACUGAAGUAUCCCUCUGCUGCACCCACCCUCUUCCUCCCUCCCACAGUAUGGGCAGGUUCAGAUGCAGCUGUGCAGGCUUCCUGCUGCCCUUUACAACCACCUCUAUGGAUUGCAACUGGCUCUUCUCUUUGGGAGAAAGAGCUGAAGCCAAAUGGAUCGUGCAGGCGACUGGCCUGGAAUGGAAUUCUGAUCGUCACCAAAACGCCCAGCUUCAAAUCCAGCUGUAAAGUCAGGAAGCGAGUUGGAUUAUUCUAACGGCUUGCCAGUUUCUCAAUUCUUCUUGCCGUCUGGUUGUUUCUUAAAGCCCUGCCUUGAUGGUAAGGCAUGAACUUUUUUUAAAAAAAUGUACAUAUUUUUAAAAAGGAACUUGUUCAGCGAGAAUGAGCAACAGUCCUUCCCCUGCCCCCACUGAGAACCACUAAAAGGCCACAUUUUUAAGGAGAAGCCUUUGCUGUAUCCCAUGGCAAGCUUUGCGUGGAGGGAUGGAGAAGAGAGGGCUUGGUACCUUGUAGGAUUCUUGCUGUCUGCAGAGGGCUCCUUCUCCAUUUGCUGGGUCAACUUAAAAUUGGGGGAGAGACAGCCAAUGUUGAAAUUGCUCCAUCCCCUCCCUCAACCAUAAACAAAAGUGCUACUUCCCACUCCUGCAACCAUAGAAAAGGAAUUACUUCCCCAAUAUUUUCUGUGUGUGCUCCAAUGAGGUUGUGCUUCCCUUUCUUUUCAAAGGAAGCAGCAGGUAUGUGUACAUGCGUUGGUUUCUUCCACUGACAUGGAUAGAGAGGGUCUAGUGGUAGUGGGGGGUUACAUCAUGCACCCUUCAGAGCUCCCAUAUGUGCUAACCAUUGUUGGUUUGGGACCAGUGUCUCUUCCUCUUCUUCUGUGGCUGUAUUGUAAUGUAAAUAUUGUAAAAUAAGAAGGUUGUGGCUCUCUGAUGUUUUUGUAUGUAACUAUUUAAAUAAAUGGAGUUUUUGCAGAAAA